UCUUCUACUUGCUGUCUCCUUCCAAUAGAAGAGAACAGAAGAAAAAAAAAAAAGUUUCUAUGGAUCUUCAGGAGUGCUAAUCUUCACCUAGUAAACGUGUGACUAUUGUUCUUUCAUGUGAAGAAACAUGGAGUGUGAAAGCAAUAGUUGUAAGCAGAAGCAGAAGCUUGAGGUACCUGAUAUCCUCAGAGAAGCUGUUUUGAUCUUUUUCGGAAACCUCAACUUCAUCAUCUUCACUUUUCUCACUUCUCUUCCUCUAUUUUGUAUCAUGGUUUACUUUGAAAUUUACCUCCAAGAAAUCUUUGUUGAAACCUCCAAUAUUGUUAACCUACCACAUGUUCACUUCAGUCACUAUGACUACAGCUACAGGGCAGAUGACAUUAUAAGCAGAUUUAACAAGGAUUAUUUCCUAAAGUUGAUUCUCCUUGUAUUCAUUUACAUGGUGCCUCUCUAUGUCUUGGAGCUUGGUUCUGUAAUUCUUACUAUAGAUUUGGCUUCAAAGCUACGUUCAAAGAAAAUGACUCUCAAGGAGAUGUUUCAGACACCCUUUGACCUAUCAAAUUUGAGAGGCUCAUUUGUCACUUCAAUCUAUGUUCUUUUCUUGACAACUACUCACCAGCUUGGAUUACUGUGGAUAGUCAUAAAUUACAAUGUUUUCUUGAAGCACUUGAGUUGUUAUGUAUUAUUCGCUGUAAUUUGUAGCCUGGCAUUUGCAAAGGUCUUAAGGAUGUAUUUGGAAUGGAGUGGUAUGUGGAAUAUGAGUCUUGUCAUCUCAGUAUUGGAGGGAAUAUAUGGUAUUGAUGCAUUAGCCGUUUCAGCUUAUUUCAACAGAGGGUAUCACAAGAGGGGGCUCUUUUUGAUGCUGAUUUUCUUUGCCUGGGGGCAUCUUUUGAGGCUUUCAUGCUACCAUAUGGGAGGAUAUGAGAAAGGAAAUGGAAUUUUUGUACAAGUUGGCUUGUUCUGCCUCGUAAAUCCCCUGAAAUGGGUGGUCUGCAUGAUCUAUUUCCUUGAUUGUAAGGAAAGAAAAUUGGCAAACAAGACUGAGGAAUCAGGGAAAGAUGUUGAGAAUGGUGCGUGAAUGAGAAGUGGUUGCUGUGCACAAAAAUAAGGGAAUCAAUUUGAGGUCAGAGCAAAGAUUAAGGUAGCUAACUGGUUAAGCAGCCUUUAAGGUGAUCAAUUAAUAAAUGUUAUUUUCUACUGUAUUAUUAGUAUUAGUGUAUGAUUUCAACCAGUUUCAUUGCUAAAAAAUAUUUUGUUACAUUGUCAUUAG